CAGGAAGUGAUUUCGCUAGUAGAGCUGCUGCCUAUUCCUGUCCCUGGGAAGUGGUGCUGCGGUGCGUGUGUGCUGUCCGUAGAUCCGUUCUAUAGAUAGAAACGACUGGGCACCUUCAAUGUGAAAGCUCCCGUUUAUUACUCCGCCAUGGUGCGGCACGGAGAGUUACCAACCGCGGAAAGCAGCGGCCCCGGUGAGACAUUACAGCAGGACGUCUUGCAAACUUCCUCGGGAUGGGAAAGUCCCGAGGGGUCUCCUAAAGCUUUGCCUCUUCCCCAGGACUCAGACUCCGCAUUAGCCCCAUCGGGAGACACCACAGCCGCCCUGUGCCUCAGGGUAAGGUCCCUGGAAGCUGAGCUGGAGACCUGCCGCCAGGAGCUCCGGGAAAUCCAGAGACGACUGAGCCAGAGCGAGUGGCUGCACCGGAGCACCGAGACUCACAACCAGGAGCUGCAGAGACAGGUCAAGGAACUAAAUAGAGAAAUCCAUGAGAGCAAGAGAGCAGAACAGACAGACCAAGAGGUACAGACAGAUGACUACUAUGCGUGGGCACAAUCUGAUUCUUAUUACUAUUCUUCCAAUGGAAAUGAUUCCAGUGGAUUUGCAGUAGAAGUGUCAGAACAGGUCAGUGUGACAGAAGACAGCCAUUCUUCACAAGUUGUAGCAGAAGCAAGGCUGUAUGAAGCGGGAGCAAGCAGUGCUCCAUGUGUGGGAGAAGAUCAAGAAGAAACUGUCUACGCACAGCAAGCUGAGGAAGAGCAGGGGUGCUCACUGGCAGAGAGCUUGAGAGCGACUGCAGAAGCUGCCUUGACGCAAACUGGAUUUGUAUAUGAUGAAAGCACAGGGAUGUAUUUUGAUCACAGCACUGGAUUUUAUUACGAUUCGGAGUCCCAGCUAUAUUAUGAUUCUGCCACUGGUAUAUAUUAUUACUGUGAUGUGGAUAGUGGCCGCUACCUAUUUCAUUCCCGAGUGGAUCUUCAGUCAUUCACUGAUACAAACCCUCGGACAACCAGAGAUAAAAGAAGCAAGAAGAAGAGGCGAGAUCCAGCCAGUAUGGAGAAGGAUACAGAGAAAAUAGAAGGUGAUUCAGUAAUUCCUGAAAGGGAAGAUUUGGCUGCUGAGAAAAAGAAAGCUAGGAUGAACAGUUCAAUAGAAUCUUACGAAAGAGAGAGGUCGUCCUCAGAAGAGAGUGAUCCUGAAGAGGGAGAAAUCACUGACUCUGACAAUGAGAAGGCUUCCAGUGAUGACAACAUGUCAAGUGGACUUAGCAUAACUUCCCACACCUCAGAGCCUGAAGACCUGGAAAGAAUCUGGCCUCCUUGUAUUAGAGUAACUGUUGUCCGAUCGCCAGUACUUCAGACGGGAACCCUGUUUAUUAUCACUGCAGAUAAAACUGCCUCCAUUGGAAGAGAAAAAGAUUUGGGGCAUACAAUCCGGAUUCCAGAGCUUGGCAUCAGUAAAUUUCAUGCAGAAGUGUACUUUGAUCAUAACUUACAAAGCUAUGUACUUGUCGACCAAGGCAGCCAAAAUGGAACAGUAAUAAAUGGCAACCACAUACUGCAGCCUAAAGAAGUCAGCCAGCCUUGUGUGCUGCAACAUGGCGAUGAAGUAAAGUUUGGAGAAACUGUGCUUUCUUUCCAUGUGCACCCAGGCAGCGAAACAUGUAAUGGAUGUGAACCAGGGCAGGUCAGAGCCCACCUCCGUCUGAAUAAGAAAGAAGAGCAUUCAGCUGGUCCAAUACUGACAAAGGAGGGCAAAGAACUGCUACGGAAACAGGGACUAAAGAAAAUCAGAGCAAAAUAUGGAUUACAGAGUGCUGAUUAUGAAGACAACAAGGUUCUAACAAAUCCAAAAUACAAGGAUAGAGCAGACAGACGGAGACAAGUGGUGGGUAGUGAAGGCACUUUCCACAAACAGGAGGCCCCAGCAUCUGUACAUGUUGAGAUUAAUGACCGCAACAAGGGCAGGAAAAUGCUGGAAAAGAUGGGAUGGAAAAAGGGAGACGGCCUUGGCAAGACAAGUGAUGGCAUAAGGGAUCCGAUUCAGCUUCAGCUUCGCAAAAAGAAGGCAGGUUUGGGGUCCCAGAAUCCCACCUCAAUAGAAGAUAUCCAGUCUACAACACAAAACCAGAAGAACUGGGAAAAAGCUAGGGAGAGAUUUGCAGAAGCUUUCCCCGACGCCAAAACAAAAAACGAGACCAAGAGCAAUGUGACUUGGAUAAAGGCCACUACAGAAUAAUGGCCUCCAUACCAAUGGUGAACGGGAACUGCUGUAAAAAGGCAUUGCCUUGUCUUGCUUAUAUAACUGGGGAGAUGGGUAUGCAAAAUACUGCUGUAUGCUCCAUCCCCUUCAGUUAAUAAGUGUUGUGAGAAAGUACUAAGAUCUGCUCCAUCUGCAGUUGUUUGUAUAUUAAUGUCCUUAGGGGAACAGGUCCAGUAUAUACUCAGGAUGUAUAAUGCAGCUGCUAAUGAUCCCUGUUCUUUAUCUGUAAGCCUCUAGAAAUAUUGGGAAAAAGUUAACCAGUUAUGGUACUUAGGUUUGACAACUAAGGAGUCUGAGGAAUGACCUUUUUACUGUUAGUUGCUUAAGUGUAGUGUAUCUUUAGUUAGGCAUCUAACCAUCCAUUUCUCGCUGGCAGCUAGCAGAUUCUGGGAAGUGCAGUUUAGAAGCUGAAAUGCAAUUAUGUGGUGUCUAGUUUUAGAUUACAUAUAUCAAAUCAGGACUAAUUUAAAGGAGAACUAAAGCUCAAUUAAAUAAGUUGCUAGAAAUGUUGUACAUUAUGUUUUGGGUUUCUGUACCAGCCCAAGGCAACCACGGCCCUUUAGCA